GAACUACAAGGUGGCUGUCAGUUGGUGUCCGCCCCCAUAAGGCUUCCCGCACACAUUGUGGAUAAGAAAACUAGCUGCACAGGCACAACAUCAACCAGGCUUUCCGUAAGAAGUGCUUUUUAGUGUUCCCCUUCCUGUACACCCUGUUUUUUAAAAAAUGCCUCGCAUUGAGAAUGACAUCAAGCUGGACUUCAAGGAUGUGCUCCUCCGGCCAAAGCGAAGCACACUCAAGUCAAGGAGUGAGGUAGACCUCAUGAGGAGCUACACCUUCAGGAACUCCAAGGGCAGCUACAGAGGGAUCCCCAUCAUCGCUGCAAACAUGGACACCGUGGGGACCUUUGAGAUGGCCCUGGUUUUGCACCAGUUCACUCUCUUCACCACAGUUCACAAACAUUACUCUGUGGAUGACUGGGUGGAGUUUGCGAAAAAGAAUCCCGAGUGCCUGAAGAAUGUAGCAGUCAGCACGGGGACCGGGGAAGGGGACUUUGACAGGGUUUCAACCAUCUUGGCGGCCGUGCCACAGCUGCAGUAUAUCUGUGUCGACGUGGCUAACGGCUACUCCGAACACUUUGUUCACUUUGUCAAAGACGUCAGGGAGAAGUUCCGCUCUCACACUAUAAUGGCAGGAAAUGUGGUGACAGGAGAGAUGGUAGAGGAGCUGAUCCUGGCUGGCGCUGACAUCAUCAAAGUGGGCAUCGGACCAGGCUCUGUGUGUACCACCCGCAAGAAGACAGGGGUUGGGUACCCCCAGCUCAGCGCUGUGAUCGAGUGUGCCGAUGCCGCCCAUGGCUUGGGUGGCCACAUCAUCUCUGAUGGGGGAUGUACUUGCCCAGGGGAUGUCUCGAAGGCAUUCGGUGCUGGUGCCGACUUUGUGAUGCUGGGCGGUAUGCUGGCUGGCCACUCCGAAAGCGGGGGAGAGGUUAUUGAGAAAAACGGCAAGAAAUACAAGCUGUUCUAUGGAAUGAGCUCCGACACGGCGAUGCAGAAACAUGCUGGAGGCGUGGCUGAUUACAGAGCGUCUGAGGGGAAGACGGUCGAAGUUCCUUACAAAGGCCCGGUGGAGGUGACCAUACGAGACGUCCUGGGCGGGGUCCGCUCCACCUGCACCUAUGUUGGGGCGAGCAAACUGAAGGAGCUGAGCCGCCGGACCACCUUCAUCCGGGUCAACCAACAGCUCAACACCGUCUUCGGCAGCUGAACGUCUGGCUCGACGCGCCUUCAGAGGCAACGAUAAGUCUGCAACGCUGCCUGUCUGACUCCCGUAUGUCUGCAUCGACCACGAGUGAACAGACAUGAAUAUUAAUACUUAAAGGUCCUUUUACUAAGCUUAUUAGUUUUUUAUUAAGCUUCAAUGCAAUGUCAUGUUAUUGGGAUUUGUCACUUUAGACUGUUACAUUUUUCCUCCAAUCCACAACGUUUCAGGUCAGUUUCUAGACUGUAAGCAGUAAAUUCUUCUGCUGCCUCAACGUUCCUCUGCCAAGUUGUUCUUUUUGAACAUGUAUGGAAAUCUGCAGCUGUCUGUAAACGGCAUCCACAACAUUUCUUUAUGCCGAGAUCAUACUGCGAGCCAUUGUCAGACGGACACAAUUAUAGCAAAUGUCUAAAUCGAAAAUUAAUUUUUAGAAAUUGAAUCAUUCCAAAACCAAAUGUUGCACUUUAUGUUUUGUAAUUUGAGUCUAAUCAGUUUUUUUGUGUCAUACAUAGGUGACAUUUAUAUUUAAAGUAGGUGAAUUAGAUGUUUAAAGAAUUUAUAUAUAUAUAUAUAUAUAUAUAUAUAUCUCGACCAUACACACUGAAUGCUAGCGUGCAGUACUGGAGCACAUGGCGAUGAAGUGCUCGCAGAAGUCUUAUUCAACAAAGAUAUAUGCAAAUGUUCUCUUCUCUGGUUAAAGCUGCUCCUGUUCAGUUCCAAAGUGUGUGUGUGUGGGCUUAAUGUGUGCGUUCAAAUUAAAUUAUGAUUCAUUGCAUUCAUUUUAAAUUCAGCGGGUGUUCGUAGCCGUUUUAAAUUUAGAGUGUUGGUCUCACGUCACAAAGUGUCGUUGCUCCACUUCGAGCUGUUCUGAACUAUUUCAUUUGUUACAGUUUUUUUUAAUUCACCUGUUAAACUGUCAAUAAAAACAUUCCACAUCUUAAAA